AUGCCGAACGAGCCUUCUUACACCGCCGCGAUCUCCCAAAACGCGAAUUCUCCUGAAGAGAUUGUCGACAAGCUGCUCGAAUAUGGGGUCGACGGAGGCGAUGACAUUCGCUCGCUUGCCGCCGAUCUCUUCCUCAGCGUUUCUCGUAAGGCCGCUGCGCAGGGAUCAAAUUCGCGUCGCGAUGAGGUGAAGAAAAAUGAAAUUUUGGCCAGGAAGCAGAGGCAGUACCGCUUAAUUGUGGCGGAGAGCGAUGAAGAUAAAGAUCACGAUUCCGGCACCGGCGUAGCUUAUUCCUCGAACUCUGCAACCGGUGUCGUCGUUGGCGAAGAUAAUAAUAAGAAGAAGAGAAUGGAUACGGAUGAUAGAGAAGUUAUUAGGGCUUUGAGGAAGAAGUCCCGUCAGGAGUAUUUGAAGAAAAGGGAGAAGGAGAAGCUUCAGCAGCUGGACGAUUGGAUUGAACAUGAAGAAUUUCUGAUCGAGGGCUUGGAAUUGAGUGAAGAGGAGAGGUUUCUCGAGGCCAACAAGAAGUUCUCUGAAUCCGUCGGCGGUAGUGACGGCGGGGAGUAUCGGUUUCCGGAAGCCUACGAUGGCGACGGGCUAAUUGAUCAGCGGAGGAGAUUUGGCGCCGCGUCUAAGCGCGACACCGGAGGAUUCGAGAAAUUAGAGUCGUGGGACGAUCAUCAGUUACAGAAAGCGACGGUGAAAUUCGGGUCGAAGAAUAGAAAGAGGGAAGCCGAUGAUUAUCAGCUUCUAUUCGAUGAUAGCCUGUAUAAGGUUGAAGGUCAGCUACUACCAGGUAAGUCUCUAGACGAUGAAAAUACACAAAAGCUCGAUUAUGUUUCGAAGAAGCACAUUGGCGAUGGCCGAAAGCGCCUCCCCAUAUACCAACUCAAGGACAAAGUGCUUCAGAUGAUUCACGAUAAUCAGGUUUUAGUGAUAGUUGGGGAGACUGGUUCAGGCAAAACAACUCAGCUCCCUCAGUAUCUCCACGAGGCAGGCUACACGAAACAGGGCAAAAUCAUCUGCACCCAGCCGAGACGGGUGGCAGCCAUGAGCGUGGCAGCUAGAGUUGCGGUCGAAAUGGGGGUGAAGCUCGGGCAUGAAGUCGGGUACAAGAUCAGGUUCGAGGAUUGCACUUCGGAGAAGACGGUUGUCGAGUACAUGACUGAUGGAAUGCUCCUGAGGGAGUUCAGCUCUCAACCGGAUUUGAAGAACUGCAGUGUGAUCAUGGUGGAUGAAGCACACGAGAGGACCGUCUCCACCGACAUAAUCUUCAGCUUGGUGAAGGAUUUGGCGAGGCAGAGAAGCGAUUUGAAGCUGCUGAUCAGCAGUGCAACUCUGGAUGCCGAGAAGUUCUCCGAUUACUUCGACUGUGCCCCCAUUUUGGAGAUUCCAGGAAGGCAGUACCCUGUGGAUAUCUUGUACAAGCAACCUGUGGACGAGAUUUUGGAAGAAGCAGUUGCUGCUACACUUCACAUCCAUGUCACACAGCAACCAGGCGACAUUUUGGUGUUCCUUACUGGACAAGAAGAUAUCGAGACUGUGGAAGAAAUGUUGAGAGAGAAGGUGAAGCAUUAUGGAAGCAAGAUGGGAGAGCUUAUCAUCCAUCCAUUGUUUGCCAACCUGCCUACUGAGCUCCAAGCAAGGAUCUUUGAUCCGAUCCCUGAGAAAGCUCGAAAGGUGAUCUUGGCAACGAAUAUAGCCGAAACUUCCCUCACAAUUGAAGGGAUAAGGUACGUUAUAGAUUCUGGUCUUUGUAAGUUGAGUUCGUAUAGUCCCCGCACUGAUAUGGGGUCGCUGCAGGUGACGGAUAUUUCAAAAGCAUCAGCUAUGCAACGAGCUGGGCGUGCUGGUCGAACUGGGCCUGGGAAAUGCAUUAGGCUGUAUGCUCCUGAUCAUUUCCAGAACCAGAUGGAGGACAAUUGUGUUCCUGAGAUACAGAGGUCCGACAUUGUCAGCGUGGUGCUGACAUUGAAGGCACUUGGGAUUAACGAUUUCAAGAAUUUUGAUUUCAUGGAUCCUCCAUCAGAUGAGAGCAUGAUCAAGGCUCUUGAGCUACUUUACGCCCUUGGUGCUCUAAACAGCAAAGGUGAUCUCACUAGGAUUGGCAAGUUGAUGGCAGAGUUUCCACUCGAUCCAAAGCUUUCGAGGAUGCUGAUUGCUGCUGAGAAGUAUGGUUGUGCGGAAGAGGUUACGACGAUUGCUGCCAUGCUUUCUGUCGAUAAUGCGAUUUUUUACAGUCCCAAGAAUCUGCAGGCAAUGGCUGAGAAUGCGAAGAAGAGGUUCGAGGAUGGUGACGUUGGAGAUCAUAUUGCUCUUCUUAGGGUGUAUAAUUCGUGGAAGGAGACAGACUUUUCAAGUGGGUGGUGCCGUGAGAAUUUCAUCCAGGCGAGGAGCAUGAAACGUGCAAGAGACGUUAGAGAUCAGUUGAUGAACCUCAUGGAGAAGGCAGGUAUCGAGUUGAACUCGAAUCCGAAUGACUUGGACGCGAUUAAGAAGGCGAUCAUGUCUGGUUUUUUCCCUCACAUAGGGAUUCUCCAAGGUUCUGGGAGUUACAGGAUUCUGAAAGGUUUACAGAAUGUGCAGAUUCAUCCCAAGUCCGGAAUGGCGAAAGUGCAGCCGAAUCCAAGGUGGGUUGUGUUUCAUGAGCUCGUGCUAACUCGGAAGGAGUAUAUGCGGCAAGUUUCUGAAGUGAAGCCCAAGUGGUUGCUGGAGAUUGCUCCACAUUACUAUGAGAGGAAGGAAUUGGAGAAGUUUUUCCCUCGGCAGCUCUAA